AGGAGCUCGCGCUUCAGAUGCGCCCUCAUUAUGCAUAGCGGAUUUUUGUCUGUGCGCGUGCUUCAGCCGGCAUUAUAACAGCGUUCGCGCACCACCGGGUGAAAAGCACAAUCCCAGCCACAGGAAACGCGGGAUAACCAGGAGCUUGAGAAGGAGAAGACUUGAAAGCCUUGACGCCUGAGAAAUGAUGUAUAAAGAGAGCAUGAUUAAGGCUAUUACACUCAUCUUGUCUUGCCUGCUCUGGCAAGUCCAGGGGAAGCCACUAUUUCCUGAACAGGAGAAGGAUCCUGAAUUCUGGAACUCAUGGGCACAACGUACUCUGGUGAAGGCUCUGGGGGAGGAGCGCAACACAAACAUUGCCAAGAAUCUUAUCCUCUUCCUGGGAGAUGGUAUGGGUGUACCUACAGUGACAGCGGCGAGGAUCUUGAAAGGACAGCUGAGCGGCCACUAUGGAGAGGAGGGUCAGCUGGAGAUGGACAAAUUCCCCUACGUGGCCCUCUCUAAGACCUACAACACGAACGCUCAGGUGGCAGACAGCGCUGGCACGGCCACAGCAUACCUGUGUGGCGUGAAGGCCAACGAGGGCACGGUGGGUGUGAGUGCAGCAGCUGUGAGGGGCCAGUGUAACACCACGCAGGGCAACGAGGUCACCUCCAUCCUUAAAUGGGCCAAAGAUGCAGGGAAAUCUGUGGGCAUCGUAACGACAACACGAGUGACCCAUGCCACCCCGAGUGCAGCGUAUGCCCACUGUGUGGACCGUGACUGGUAUUCAGAUGGAGAUAUGCCUGCUGAGGCAGUGCAGGAGGGCUGUAAGGACCUCGCCAGACAGCUCAUUGAGAACAUUCCCAAUAUUAAUGUAAUCAUGGGUGGUGGACGGAAGUACAUGCUUCCUAAAAACAUGUCAGACGUGGAAUACCCCAGCGAAAAGAAGCAUAGUGGGACACGCAAAGACAGCCGAAAUCUGAUCCAGGAAUGGACUGACAGAACAAAGGACAAGAGGGGUCUCUAUGUUUGGAACAAAAGGGAACUCCUUUCAAUAAAUCCCUCUUCUGUUGACUAUUUACUGGGGCUAUUUGAGCCAGGAGACAUGCCUUAUGACCUGGAGAGGGACAGCGACACUGAUCCUUCCCUCACCGAGAUGGUGGAUGUGGCUAUACAGAUCCUGAGAAAAAACCCUAAGGGCUUCUAUUUGCUAGUAGAAGGUGGGCGCAUUGAUCACGGACACCAUGAAGGCAAAGCAAAGCAAGCCCUGCAUGAGGCCGUGGAAAUGGACCGUGCCAUCGGUCGAGCUGAACUCCUCACCAGCAUCCACGACACCCUGACUGUCGUUACCGCUGAUCACUCGCAUGUCUUCAACUUUGGAGGCUACACAGUGCGAGGAAACUCCAUCUUUGGACUGGCACCAAUGGUGAGUGAUGUUGACCAGAAGCCCUUCACAUCCAUUUUAUAUGGGAAUGGCCCCGGGUUCAAGCUCAUCAAUGGUUCCAGGGUCAACGUCUCCACUGUAGAUUAUCAGGAAAACAACUAUCAAGCCCAGGCAGCCGUUCCGUUAAGCAUGGAAACUCAUGGAGGUGAAGAUGUUGCCAUUUUCUCCAAAGGGCCCAUGGCACACUUGCUUCAUGGAGUGCAAGAGCAGAACUACAUCCCCCAUGUCAUGGCCUAUGCAGCCUGCAUCGGCCAGAACAAAGACCACUGCCCCUCGGGCAACAGCUCUGCUCCUUCAGCCACAACAGUCCCUCUCACUCUAGCUCUACUAAUUGUAGUCUCUUGGUUAUUGUGCUGAGCCCUCUGCUUUGCAAACUUACUUACAGAUUUACUUAGAGACUUUAUUAUCUGAGUUCCAACUGAUGGAUUUUAUAUCAUUUUUUUUAAAAACAGUGUCAAUUUUUAAGUAUCUUUGUACCUCAUUUUACACUUGGGGAUCACUGCUCACACAUUUUGAAGAGAUAUAUAGAUGGAUAUAUAGAAAGUGAUAUAUAGAUGAAUGACUGACUUAAGACUGAUAACAUGAAAAUGGAAAAUUAAUUUCUCCUGUAGUACAUAACAACUUUGGCUUAUUUUUUUAAAUUAACAUUGGCUUAAUGCACUGUCAAAUCGAAGCAAAAAAAAGCUGUUUUAAAUUUAGUUGUUAAAUGUUAGUCACAAUUUCUUAUUAUCUACUAGAUAGUAUCUUAAUUCCAAUGCUCUAGCUGGUAUUUUCAGGCUGUAGAGCUGUAGAUACUCACCAAUUCUAUAUAGUUUGAAUGUUAAUGAUAAUGCUUAAUUAUUUGUUGUUAGGAGUAUAAAAAAAUCUACCAAGACUAUGAUGGAGCUAUGCACACAGUUUUCAGUGUGCUGGCAUGUUUGUAGAGAAUGAUCUCAGAUUUGAACUGUCAUUAUCCUCUCUAUGACCUUAGUUGCCUCUGAUUGUCACACCAUGAUUUAUGGCCUUCAAAUUUGCAAAAGGUUCUCUCUCUUAGUUCUCCUAUAAGACUUCUCACAGCUGAAGCAUUGACUUGACCAUGAAUUUUCUACUCUCAAAUUUCAAGCACAGUUUCUUCAAUUUUUAGUUGUUUUGACAAUAUGAAAAUUACAUCUGAAAUCAGUCAUUGCUCACUAAUAAUAUUCUUGUUGAUAUAAAACUGUAAUGAUUGUCAGUGUGCAUUCAAACCUUUUUUUCUCAAGGCACGCCUGUGUUUGUAAGUUUGUCUAGUCAGUGUCUAAUUUGAAUCAGCUGUGCUGGUGGUGGAAAUGAUCAAACACAGUGUACUGGUGUGUCUUGAAGAAGAGAAGUUUGGGAAUCAAAGAUGUGUUCUCACAAAAUGUCAAAAAUCUUUGGAAAAAUUAACAAUGAAAUAUUAUUGUUAUGUGCAUUUAUUCCCAUGCCAUAUAGAUUAUUACAAACAAAUAAACACAUGAUACGCAUAUAAAGUGUUUCUAUCAUACUCUUUUAGGUGGCCUAAGACCUUUGCACAAUACUGUACAGUUACAAUCCUCAGUAUUCCCAGAUGUUAAAGGAUACCAGUCUAAAUCAAAUGUCCCAAAAAUAAUAAUGUUUCCCUGUCCAAAAAGUGAGUCAUGGUUUUUCUUCUGUACUAUCCUGUGGAGGGUUCUUCAUGAAAGAAACAUUGCAGAUAGGAUUCUUUGAUUAGAUGGAUCUUUUUUUUUAAUGAUGCCUGUAACUUUCUCAGUCAUUCUAAGAAUUGCCUUUGGCAAGUCUCUUUGCCCAGUAAAUUGAACUGACCUGUGAAAUGAGCUGUGUACGCAUGUUUCCUAACCACUAGUAUGUUGCUAGAGGGAAUUCUAUUAAUGUGUUCUUGAUUACAACAAUAGGUAUAAUCAAACAAUAUUUGCAUAUUUGUCACAGACAUGAAGAUACUGGCUUUUUUGUGAAGUGAAGCACAAUUAUUGAAAUAAAUGAAGGCAGAAUGGGCCAAAGGUUUCA